CACUGUAGCAAAUCUAUUAAGAUCCUUAUUUAUUAUUUCUAUGUUCUAAUUUCUUCUAAUUAACGAGUUGCUACUCAAAGUUUCCUAGUAUGAGUCAAGGACGUCAAGGUUUAUAAAAAGUUACGUUCAGUUGCGUCUAGUUUGGUUCGGUUAUUUUAGCUAUGGUCAACCAUGAGUGAGCAAAACGAUUAGUUCAAAAUAUUUUGAUUAGCAAUACUUCUAUCUAAACAAAGUAUUUAUAUAGACGAAAUCAUGACACGAGGAGUUGAAUUUAUUAAAUCAGUUUUAACUACUGUUCUUAGUUCACCAAAUUUCGGACAAGUUUUAAAAAAUCUCGAAAUAGUUUCAGCAGGAAGUGGAAAUUGUAAAGCACAACUUCGUGUUGCUCAAGAACACCUGAACAUGGGUGGUACUAUGCAUGGUGGUUUUACAACUACCCUCAUAGAUUGUGUUUCUACCUAUGCUACAAUGACGAAUCCGAAUGGUGUGCCAGGAGUUUCAGUGGACUUAAUGAUUUCAUUUAUGAAGCCUGCCUUACCUGGCGAAUUGGUGACAAUUGAUGCCAGAACUGUGAGAAUUGGGAAAACAUUAGUUUUCCUUUCAGUGGAUGUCACGAAGAACGAUGGAAAAGACAUGAUCGCUCAUGGGAGACACACAAAAUUUAUUGCGAAAUGA